GUGUCACCCUCAAGUACCAUGGUCACACAGAAACCGGAAGUGUGGCGUUGCUUAUACAUUUAGAACUUAAGGCCAGGAGUACUUCCAGAGAUGUUGGUUCCUAACUGAUUUAAGGACGAUGGCUAGUCUGGAAUGAAACUGUAGUCUCAGACCAGAUUCUUAGGUUUUCGACCAGAAUUGUAGUUGUCGGGAGUCAGUUAAGGAGUUGGCAGUGGGGCCCGGGGAAGUUUCCUCCACGUCAGGCGCCUAGGUCUCUUUCCCAGGAACAUGGCGGACUCGAAGCUGCUAGUGCCCGAGCUAAGCGAGACAGAGACGAUGGGCCCUGAGGAGGCGCGCUUCGAGGAGCUGCUCCUGCAGGCCUCCAAGGAGCUCCAGCAAGCCCAGACAACCAGACCAGAAUCUACACAGAUCCAACCUCAGCCUGGUUUCUGCAUAAAGACCAGCUCAUCAGAAGGGAAGGUUUUCAUCAAUAUCUGCCACUCGCCCUCCAUCCCGCCCCCGGCUGACGUGACUGAGGAUGAGCUGCUUCAAAUGCUGGAGGAGGACCAAGCUGGGUUCCGCAUUCCCAUGAGUCUGGGGGAGCCUCAUGCCGAACUGGAUGCAAAAGGCCAAGGCUGCACUGCCUACGACGUGGCCGUGAACAGUGACUUCUACCGGAGGAUGCAGAACAGCGACUUCUUGCGGGAGCUUGUGGUCACCAUUGCCAGGGAGGGUCUUGAGGACAAAUACAGCUUGCAGCUGAAUCCCGAAUGGCGCAUAUUGAAGAAUCGGCCUUUCCUGGGCUCCAUUUCCCAGCAGAACAUCCGCUCCCAGCAACGUCCUCGGAUCCAGGAGCUGGGGAAUCUUCCCACGACGGGAUACCGGGCUACUGAGCCUGGGUGGGCCGGCAAUGGCCCAGAGAAGCCUCACCUAAACCUCUGGCUGGAAGCACCUGACCUCCUCUUGGCUGAAAUUGACCUCCCCAAGCUGGAUGGAGCCAUGGGGCUGUCUCUGGAGCUCGGGGAGAACCGCCUGGUGAUGGAGGGCCCCCAGCAGCUAUACCACCUGGAUGCCUGCAUCCCCCUGCGAAUCAAUGCUGAUGAGAGCAAGGCUGCCUUCCACAGGAAGAGAAAGCAAUUGAUGGUGGCGAUGCCUCUCCUAUUGGUGCCUUCUUAAUCUUGAUGUUUUCUUGUGCUUGCAAGAGCGGAGGAGGAGAGGCUGAUGGCUUCUUUAAAAUAAACUGAAAUAAAAGAUA